CCGCGGUGGUUUUAUUCCACCCGUUCCCGGGGUUUGCACCGAAACAGACGGAUUUGAAGCGUUUUCUCGCCGGUUUCCCCCUCCGGAGGCAGCUCCGGGCCCCUCUACCCUGCCCCGUGACGUCACGCCCCCUCCCCGACGUCACCCCCGGCGCGGCACGCGGCGGGUUAACGCUCCCCGCGCCUCCCUCCCUCUGGCGGCGCUACCGGAAGGGGCGGGGUGAAGGCGGCGGCACUUCCGGGAGCGGCGCGGGGCAGCGGGGGACCAUGAGCUGGAUACCGUUCAAGAUCGGGCAGCCCAAGAAACAGAUUGUACCCAAGACAGCAGCAGAUACGUGGAAAGCAGAAAACAGGAAGCCCAAAGCCUUGCAACCUCACAGUAAGUGUAAAGUGCAGCUCUUCAAAGAAGAACAAAUGGCAGGAAACCACCGAUCUCCCCUGGGAGCGAGGCGUUCGGCGUCAUGGUGUGGAAGCGAUGGGGCUGCUUUGUAGCUUUAGCGAGCUCGAGGCCCCCAACUUUACCUCCCAGUUGCAAGCUGAGACGCUCCAUCUGUGCGGGCUUUUGGGAACAGCGGUAGCAGCCGAGGUCUGUGAUAUUCCAGAUGUUGGCCUCUGGAGCCCGCUGCAGGAAGUGGGAAGGUGUGGCAUCUCCAAGGCUGCAUCCCAAGCCGAUCAGAAGGGAAGUGGUUGCGGGUAGAGGAUCUCCCACUCGCAGAGAUUGGACCACAAAAGAGGAGGGGAGGGAGGGGAAAAAAAAAAAAGCAUUUGUUAGGAUCUAACUUAUUUGGCUCUCCAUGAGGCAUGUAACUCGAGUGCAGGAGAAGGGAGAAUCGCUCUGCCGAGAGAGUCUUAGCUUGCCAACGGACCUUUUUUCUUUUCUUGAUGAAAUGAUGCUGGGGCUGGUGUCAAAUCUAGGCCAGCAGUAGUACUGAAAAGCAAUUUGCCUAGGCUGCAGAGGGAAUUAGUCAUGACUCCCUAUGCCCACUCGCUUCUGAUCCUUUGAAGAAGGGCAUGGUGUCAGCCACAGUUUAGCUCUUCAGGUAGAAGGAAACCCCCGUAGAAAAUAUCGGCUGGUGAACUGAAGUGAUCUCCCACCCCCCAGACAUGCCUCUGCUUUGUUUCCACCUUAACCUGGGCAAAUCCAAUUCCAGACAGCAUAAUCUCUCCCCUCCUCUCCCCUGAAAAGAGCAGCUGUCACCGGGCUUGCCGAGAGGCCAGGAGCCGGGUGGGAGGAUCUAAUGCGCAGAGAGGACCUGCUGUCAGCGGAGCUGCAGAGGACACAGUAACACAGCCCAAUUAAACUAAUGCCCAGUGAUAGGAGUUAAACCUGUUAGAAUUAUAUCUCUCUGCAGAAUGUUUAUUGCUCAAAUCCGAUGCAGCGAUGAAGCCUCUUACGGCAGAGAUGUUCUUCCCUCCCCCAGGACAACUUCGGUCCAAGCAGAGGUUACGCUGGAACCGGAGCUUGUAGUUGUCUUCUGAGCUCUCUCGCAGCUCCAGCUUGCUGAAGUUCAUCUGCGUCACCCCGAGGUUGUACCCCGCUCUUCACUGGGGCUUGGGUUAUCCGAGCUGGCAGGUAGCCGGGAAGAAGAGCCAGCCGUGCAUCCCCACGGGGCGCGGAGCCAGGUCGGCAGCCGGGGGAGUCAGCCGGCUCUUGGGAUGGGGCAACCCAGCGCGCAGCCCCUUCACGUCACCCAGGUUUUACCCCUUCCUCCCUCCCUGCCUCCCUCGGCAGCGCUCUGGCCUGGGCUGACUCAGAUGGCUCGCCUUCCUCCUCCUCGCUGGCUAACCUUGGGUGAGUCAGCUUGGCAGGGAGCGGAGACCUGAGCUGUGGGCCUGCACGCCUGCCAAGCCUCCCUUCCUUGACUCAUCCCAGCAGCUCUGCCUUCCCCAGGGAUGUCGGACGGAGGAGCUCCAUGAGCAGGAGGAUUCCACUGCAGCUGCCGGCCGUCAGCGCCUUUCCAUUGGGCUCCACCAGCGAGCUGGAAAUCCCAAAAUAACGGAGUAAAUGUCGCAGAAAUGGUGGGGUGAAAUCAAGUGACGCCAGUUAAAUAGUUUUACUCGUUUUCACUCUCUUCCUUCAAUCUUCAGCAGGACGUAACUGGUCUCUGCAGUUCGGAGGUGGAGAGAGACUUUGAAAGGGAAUAUGGAAAGCUUCAGCAAUUGGAAGAUCAGACCAAAAAACUUCAGAAGGAUAUGAAGAAAAGCACAGAUGCAGACUUGGCCAUGUCCAAGUCGGCUGUCAAAAUCUCUUCGGACCUGUUGUCUAACCCCUUGUGUGAACAGGAGCCCAGCUUUCUGGAGAUGGUCACAGCCUUCGACACAGCGAUGAAGAGGAUGGACUCUUUCAACCAGGAGAAGGUGAAUCAGAUCCAAAAGACAGUCAUAGAGCCUUUGAAAAAGUUCAGCAGCGUGUUUCCCAGCCUGAACAUGGCAGUGAAGAGACGGGAGCAAACACUGCAGGACUACAAGCGCCUGCAGUCCAAGGUGGAGAAAUACGAGGAGAAGGAGAGGACCGGCCCCGUCCUCGCCAAGCUGCACCAGGCCCGCGAAGAGCUGAGGCCGGUGAAGGAGGACUUUGAAGCCAAAAACAAGCAGCUCCUGGAGGAAAUGCCCAAGUUUUAUAGCAGCCGCAUCGAUUACUUCAAACCCAGCUUUGAGUCGCUGGUCCGGGCGCAGAUCGUCUACUACACGGAGAUGCACAAGAUCUUCGGGGACCUGACGGCGCAGAUCGACCGGCCCGGCUUGAGCGACGAGCAGCGGGAGCGGGAGAACGAUGCCAAGCUGAGCGAGCUGCGGGCUUUGUCCAUCGUGGCCGACGACUGAGCAGAUGCCGGUGAUGGGGAAGGGGCUGGGGAUUCCCCCCCCCUCCCUGGCUCCCAGAACCGGGGGCUGCUCCCCACCUCCUCCCUCCCGGGGAUGGACUCGUGGGGGGGGGCUUUAGCUGCUAGCUGCUCCCUUUGCCCCCAUGGCUCUGCCCUCCUGCCAGGACAAGAUAUUGCCUGGGGCCAGGGUGGGGGGCACAGCAGGGCUCCCCCCCCCCUCCAGUCAGCUUGUUGUCUCUGCCCCCCCCCUGCAGCCAGGCUUUGCCUUAAAAAGGGGUUUGCGGUGGAGCAAGGAGGUGAAAAUGGGGAGCGGGCUGGGUGCUGCUGGCCGAUCCCAGACCCCAGCUCGACGCUGCACCAUCACGCAGCUGUGUUGGCCCAGCACACCCCAGGUCCGGAUCCGGCCCAGGCUCCUUGCCUUUGUGGCAGGUGGAUGGGACCACUCCUGCGGCUGCUGCUGGGCCAUUCAUUUUGUGCCUUAGGAGCCUAGUAGCCCCCCACCAGGGGAGGGUAAAAGCAUUCACAUCCCAUUUUUUGAGGCAUGGGGAGAGGGCGAUGAAAGGGCUGCGGUUCCCGUGCCGAGCAUCAAGUGAUGCCGCGCUGUGAAUCCGCCCCGUUUGAAGCAGAAACGAUGCAAAGUGCCUCUGCCCCACAGCUGGGGGGGUCACAUCUGCACAGCAAUGGGUGCGGGGGUGCCCAGACCCCAGGGCAGGGGGAUGCAAAAGGGAAAUGCAACCAGCCAGGAGCAAACCCAGGGAAAACUGGGGCGGGGGGGGGCGUCCCUACAGCCGGACCUGACCGUAGCCUGGCAGGGGAGGGGUGGGGGGACGGGGGGGGGCCUCUGCCCUUCUUCUCUAAUAAAAGUUUUUGGUAGAGCAGCGCCGGGCCGGGGUCUGUGUCGCCCUCUGCCGCCACCCGACAGCCACUGCCGCGGGUGGGGGGGGGGAACCCACGGAGGGGGGGAUGCUCCCCCCCACCGUGGGCUGGCACGGCCCCCAGCCCCCCCCCCCCCCCCGGCUACAGCAGAACACUGUUGGUUUGGAGGUGUAAUUUUAAGAAAGGUAUUAUGGGGCUGGGGGAGUGGGGGGGGGGGAAGAGGGAUUGAACAGCCCCCUGGAGAUGCAGGAAGGAAAUGGCUUCAGCAAAGCACAAGAAAUACAAUUUUACAGUCAAAUACAGUGAAUUCGAACCUUUCAGCAUAUGGAGAGGCUGCAGGAGCCUUCGCUGCUGCCCUCCGCCGCUGCUGCUGCAUGGGACAAGGGGCUGGACAGCCGUUACGGUGCGGAGCGGAUAACUGCAGCGAAGAAACAGCUACGGGCACGGCCGCAUCCAGAGAUUCCUCUGAGCUGCUGGGCAGCCUGCGGCACAGCGAGCACCAGCCCCCGUGUUUGGGUCCCUCCAUCCUAAACAAGCCAGUCUGUCCCCGACUUGUGCGUCCAGCUCAGAGCACCGAGACGGCCCGUGCCCCGUCUCCGAUGAUACACACAAGAUUUCCUACUUAAGAGGUUUCCAUUAAAUGCAAACAACCCGUCAGAGCAAACCCUGUGCAUCCCUACGGCUGCCCUGGCUCUGCAUCCCUGGGGUGGGAGCCAGCUCAAGCCCAUCUCUGCAGGGAGAGGGCCGGGACAGAAAAGGCUCAUAGGGACCCUGCCACCAUCCGUGACCCCACUGCGUGACAUCCACAUGGGCAGGGACUUUGCUUGGUCCUGGUGGAGAUCUGGUGGAUGCUGGUUCCUCAUCUAAGCAGUCAUUAGUCUAGAAGAGAGGAGAGGGGGUGACCGGCAGCUCGCAAAGACGGCACCCCACGUCCCAGCACAUCUCACCCUGGCUUACCCAGCUUGACCUCCAGCACAUGGAUUUUGCUCUCCAGAUGGAGUCGGCUGCUCUGCUUUCUCCAGCACCUUCCCGAGGCUGAACACCGUGACAUUGUGGGAGACCUGGGCCAGGGCAGGAGGCAGCCGAGGGAGUUUUCCUGGGACAAGAACGACUCAUCGCCCACCACACGAUCUCCAGCAGCACAGGCUCCACCAUACCCCCCAUCAUCCCUACACCUACCGAAGAGCUCCUCUUCCCCUUGGUACAGGUAGCCACAGAAAUUCAAAAUUGAAGUACACAAAGGCUAGGAGAGCAUCCAGGGGCAGGACAACGCUUGGGUCCACAGCCUUGGGCUGCUAAAACACAGACGUGUGUUAGGGAUGGGAGAGGUCAAGCUCCCCAAAACACCAGCGCUGCGGAGCGGGGUGCAGGCUGUGCUGAGAAUUCCCAGGAUGAGUGGGACUGCACCAGGGACACCGGGUUCCCCCCGGCUAUGUACCUACAUCUGCUCAGCUUCCUCCUCUGCUGUGUCGGCAGCCCUUUCUUGGCUCCAGAUUCCUGGUCUCUGGUGGCUCUUCCUUCUCCAGCAAGACUGGCAGCGCCUUGUAGUUCUUGUAGCCAAAAAUCCUGCUGCAGCAUCUCCUGGAAAAGCUCAGCCACCAUCACGGCCGCUUCAGGGAGGGAGAGGGGCACAGGGGACCUGCCCACCCGUGCUGUGCCGAAACUACCUCGGAGGAGAGCUUCUCCCACCACCUCCUGCGCUGCAGCAGGGUGAAGAGGGAGAUGUUGGAGCAGGCAGCCUGCCUGUCCUGCCUGGCCAGGUGGGGAUGGGCCACGAGGGCUGGUUCCCCGGGGGCUUCGGGCUCCAGCAGUAGCUCGGUGGUCCUUGCUGCUCGAUGGCCUCCAUCUCCUGCUAAAAACUGCCCUGUUUAGGUGAGAGCGGGAAGAGAAGGUACUGGGAGCUGUCAGCCAGAGCGGGACCUCUCCUUCUCCAGAACACAGCCCUGUCCAAGAACCUACAGAAAUGAAACCGCCUUUUGGGACAUCUUUGUGGGCAUCACCAUGCUCAGCUCCGUGGCAAAGCCUCACCAUUGUGGGCUUCUCCUCCGGGAAGUCCUGCCCAGACGUCCAGCAGGAAAAUCACCACCACCUCCCACCAGUACCUGAAUUUGGCAAACCGGACCCCACGGCGUGCCAGGGAAUGGGGGUGAGGUGCGCCCCAGGAAGCCCAGCAGAAAGCGGGGAGCUGGACCCCCCUAAAACCUUCCCACUGCCAGCAGGGAGGCUGCAAAGACAGGAUUGAAGGGGAUGGGAACAGAGCCCUGACAGGUUAUGGAAAGGCUGGUGACUGUCCCCAGCGAGGCCAUUUGCAGGGACCGAGUCCGAGAGCAUCCCCUGCCCAGCCCACACCUGGAUCUCGUACAGUCGCCGCUGGGACCGAGCCAAGCUUCCUCCCCCAGCACCCGGCAUGGAGAACUUCAUCUCCCCUCAGCUGUUCCUUCCCAACCGCAUCACAUGCCGGGCCAGGUUUAAGCAAAAUAAAAUCAGUUGCCACGGUUA